GACAGUUAACAAAUCACAGAUGAUCAUUGCACAACUAUGCCUCGGGGUGAUUACAAGUAAGCAGUGUUCAGUUAGUCUUUGACAGAUGAGAAGAGUUUUGAUGAAGUUCUGAAAAAGUGACAACAUGGCGACUGCAGAGAGCGUGUCAGCUUUUUUAGACACCAACAGAAACUGCACGAUACAGAUCGCUAACAUGAGCGAAGUCUACAGCCUCAACAACGCAAAGGUCUACACGUUCAGUGGGUACUGCUGCCAUCCUCUUCAGCCCACAAUCAGCUCCAACAAGACCGGGGUCUGCGCAAUCACUAAAACAGGCACUGCCCGCGGGGCCGUAGGUGUCUUGACCUAUGACCUCUUCCAUAUGAAGAACAAGGCGUGCACUGAACGCAUCGCUAUUAUGUUCUCCGUUCCCUACGACUACAACUUCUACAGUAACUACUUUGGAAUUGGGGUGAUCAAGACUGCCCGUGAGUGCAAUGAAACCCUGUACAACGACAUGUAUUACGGAAGCGACAGCAGUUUUACCCGUGCAAAAGCAGAGGCGUCUGGAAUCACUCACAGUGGACAGAGAGUUGAAUUAAGAGCAACUAUGUCAAAUGUGGGCAAAGCUAUUAUUAAACUAGAGAUCCAUGACAAACUGAGCUAAAAGUAUGUAGUUUAGCCUUACAAAAGAAUUUAUUUUCAUGAGUUCAUAAAAGUAAAAGUAUGCAAUUGUGAUUGUAAAACCUAAUAAAGAGGCAAAAUAGUUGAAAUUGACUAAAUCUUGUAUUAUGUAUUGUAGUGUUGUAGUUCUCUAGACCGGUCUCAAGAUCACUUUUUAUAGAUCUUGGUCUCGUCUUGGAAGAGAUGGCACAUCACAAACUAAUUUUUUAUCAUGAAUUUUAUGCAGUUUGUUCGGCAUAUGAUGUAAGUUUCUCCAGAUGACAAUUUUUCUAAUUUUAUUACUAAAAACACCUGCAUUGUGUUAAGUGGAUGGCAAGCCAUGUAAAGACAGAUCAGAAUAAAUGGUUAAGUUGAUUUCAGCUCUUUAGUGUUUGUUCACUUUUAUUUGUUUAGACAAAGAUAAAUUAGCACAUAUCUGCAAUAUAUGGUAAUAUUAAAAAUAUGGGAAUUUAUUACUU